AUGGAGGCUGAAGCACUGAAUACCUCAGCUACAAAGGGACCCUCAACCAUCUCACUUACCCCCGCCGAGCGCAUCGCUGAUUUGAAUGAAAUUGACCAAUCCAUUUCGAUCCUACUUUUGGCUGCAUCCGAUGCAGUUGAGAUUCUUUCAAACUCCCCAUCCCCAGAAAACAAUAUUCGAAGUUCGUCCGCGGCUCGCACCGCAUUUACGCAUGCUGCCUCGACAUAUUUCUCAACGCUGUCAUCCAUCGAAGUGCGACUGCGACGCCAGGUCUAUGCUUUGGAAGAAGCCGAGCUAGUCAAACCUGGAGAUGAAGCUGACGCAAGGAAGGGCAGAAAAUUUGGCGGCGAUGCUGGAACUUCAAGAGUUGGUGGGGGGCCGUUGGACCCAAGCUGGCUAAAUGCACGUGCCAGCGAUAAGGUUGCUGAGGCCAUGAAGCAAGAGCUGUUGUCGAGAGCAAGAGACUUUGUAGAGCGGUCGGAAUUGAAAACACAGAAUGAACGCGACGCUCCCAGUUCUUUGGAAAACGCUGUGAAAGCGAUCCCCACCCCAGACGAAGAGAUGGACUGA